CCUGUCUGGGAGGUGGGUGGGUCUCAGACCCCUGUCGCUGGCCUUCUGCCCACCAGUCCCUGGGGAAGUGCUGGCCGGCCCGGGCCCAGGCAGAGGGCAGAGGUGGGGCCUCUAGCCCAGGCUCCAGUGCCAAGGCCCAAGCCCCUCAGAGCUCGGCCAGCACAAAGAAGCCUGGAGGAGGGCAGCGGCCCUCGGGGACCCGGGUGGGGCAUGCGGCUGUGUGAGCUACAGGAUGUGGGGAGCAGGAGGGUACCAGGAAGAAUGGUCAGACAGCUAUGGGCUUGGGGCAGCUGAUCCCUGCCCUUUCCAGCUGUCCUCUCUCUGGGUGUCCCAGCAAGCAGCCUCCAUCCCUCAGCCCUGCCUUCAAAGGCGCCCUCCCUGCCGGGACCAUGUGGAGCUGGGCAGGGUUGGAACCCACUCUCCCAGCCCCACAAAAGGUGCCAGAUCCGUGCCUUUCCCAGACUGAGCUAGAAGACAUAUUCCUGGACCAGACAUCUCUGUGGCUUGGGGAUGGCACUGCCCCACAGUGUGUGGGCUAGGAUAAGGCGCAGCCUCCAGUGGGGGCCCUGAAGUGGCAGAACAGACAGGCCAACUUGACCACCAGCACUGUGCUGACCUAGCACUUGCAGUAGGAUAUGUCAGUAGAGAGCCUGGCACCAAAGGCACCAGGGCCACAGGACUCACUGGGAGAUAGGCGGACACUCAGCACUGGGGCCGUGUGUGUGGGCCAGGGCCAAGAGACGGGCCCUUGCUCACAGAGAACCUUGAGGGCCAGCCUAUCCCCUGCACCCACCCAUGUUGGAGUGGAGGGCGGCAGAGCCCUGGGGUCCUGGAGUUAAGCUGGGAGAGUCCCAGCUGCAACCACCUGGCAGCAGGAGAGAGGGGAUCUGUCAGAUUUAGGCCUGGGUCCAGAAUGCCUGAACAGAGAAACUGAGGCAGGUCCCCAUGUCACAGUUUGGAGGCACAGGGACCCAAGCUUGAGUGACUUUGGCCUGGGUCCCUUCUGGUGGUCUCUGUAGGUGGGUGACCAGGGACCACAGUGUGUGUGUUUCCUUGCACCUUGAGCAAUGCAGCCAGUUCUGUCCUCAGGCCCUGGUAGCACUUCCUGGUCAGGGACUCUGAAGCUGAGGCCUAUGUCUAGAGAGCCAGAGCCGGGUAUUUACCUGUGUUUUUCAAGUCAAAUGAUUCAGGGGCAAAGUCUCACGUGGCUCUUCCUGCGACAGGUGUCCCUGCGCCUGCAUAACACCCCUCCCCCCGCGCACACUCACAGGGUGGGACAGGGCCUCUCUGCACCCCAGGCCUCAGCCCUGCCCUCCCCUGUAGAGUGCCCGCAGGGAGUUGGCGGGGAAGCAAGCAGGGGGGAAAGUGCAGGGCCAGGAUGGAAAAGCCCUCCGGCCCCACAAGCUGCGGGGUGUCCAGACCUGACUCUCGCCCUCCGCCACAGCCUACUUCUCCCUGCAGGUGAUCUCGGCGCGCAGGGCCUUCCGCGUGUCGCCGCCACUCACGACCGGCCCACCCGAGUUCGAGCGCGUCUACCGAGCCCAGGUGAACUGCAGCGAGUACUUCCCGCUGUUCCUCGCCACGCUCUGGGUCGCCGGCGUCUUCUUUCACGAAGGUCUGGGCGCGGGGCAGGGGCGCACGCACCGGAGCCCCCCGAGGCCCCGGGGCGUGCUCACCCGCGCCUCUCGCAGGGGCGGCGGCCCUGUGCGGCCUGGUCUACCUGUUCGCGCGCCUCCGCUACUUCCAGGGCUACGCGCGCUCGGCGCAGCUCAGGCUGGGCCCGCUGUACGCGAGCGCGCGCGCGCUCUGGCUGCUGGUGGCGCUGGCGGCGCUCGGCCUGCUCGUGCACUUCCUCCCCGCCGCGCCGCUCCGACGGCUUCGGACGCUGCUGCCCGGGGCCUGAGAAGACGGCGGCCGGCCCGGCGGCCGGAGGAGAAAAGCCGGCGCCUCCAGGAGCACGGGGAGGGCUGCUCGCCUCCCCUACCCAGUCUCUAAUUAAAGUUGUCGCGACUGGCCCCCAGCUGCGUUCUCUGGGUCGGAGGGGUCGCGCGCUGAGGGUUGUGGAGCCCGGAGGGGCCCGGCUCCGGGCCGUGCCAGUCCGUGGGCACGCCGCAGGGGGCAUGGGUGGGGUCGCGAAGGAAAGGGCCUCCCCCGGGGCCGGCUCCAUCUGGUCUUCUGCCCUACACUCAACCUCUGCCGCAACACGCCCGGCCCGUGGCGCUUCUGCCCAGGGCACCGUUUCCUCCGGGGUCCCCCCACGGCUCCUCCUCCCCACGCUCAGGCUCCCUCCUCAUCUCUCCCCUCCAUCUGGCCCUCCCCUCCCCUGACCCGGGCAGGGACCUUUCCUGUCAGCACUGGUUCCCAGCGUAGGUGUUCGGGACAGCCCUCCGAGACCACUGUAGGAACGCAGUCAGUGACAGGUGCCCUCGAGAGAAUGGCCAGGUGCCUUGGGGGACCAGACACAGUGAGGACUCGACCAAAGCAUCUCUAAAGAAGUAACCUUCAGGCCAGGUGCAGUGACUUACACCUGUAAUCCUAGCACUUUGGGAGGCCGAGACUGGAGGAU